GACUUCCGCCUUCCUGCUUCCGGUCUGGCGGUGAGUGGGGAGUGGGAUCCGAGCCCGUGGGGCGAGGUAGGGGAAGUUGGUGGCUGCAGCUGCCGUGGUUUUCUCCUGGUGUCCAGCAGAAACGGCGGCGGCGCAAGGUGUGGCUGGGCCAACCCAGGAUCCCCCAGGACCCUGGGCUCUGCGCGACAAGGGGCCCGCGCUUGCCAAGGCCGAGGGGCAGGAGUGGACGUGGCCUCCUUGGGUCUGCGGCCCCGAUAGGCCAGUUGUACAGAAUUUAAACCGUCUCUCAGAUGUAUACAGUAGAACUCAAGAAGACACUACCAAGGGUCAUCUGAAGUCGUGAUUGGGUCACUAAUAACACCAGGACAAAGUUAAGAGAUCACUACUCAAGCAUAAGCCCCCGUUUUCAUAAGACUGCUGUGAAGAUGUUUGAUAUAAAGGCUUGGGCUGAGUAUGUUGUGGAAUGGGCUGCAAAGGACCCAUAUGGCUUCCUUACAACCGUUAUUUUGGCCCUUACUCCACUGUUCCUAGCAAGUGCUGUACUGUCUUGGAAAUUGGCCAAGAUGAUUGAGGCCAGGGAGAAGGAGCAAAAGAAGAAGCAAAAACGCCAAGAAAACAUUGCAAAAGCUAAACGACUGAAAAAGGAUUGAAGGACUGAACAGGCUUUGCAACCAGAGGAAAAUCAUUUGGAAAAUUAUGCAGCUUUGGAAGAACCCACUAAAGUUUCUUCUUUGGAUUUCUUGACAGUAUUAUUUGGUAAAUGAAAUUUGACCAAAUGGAAGAAUCAUGUUCUGACCUCAAUACUAUAGUAACUUUUAGGCUUGGGUGCAGAAGUUUAUAGGUUUCUAUUGACAGUUAUUGUAAAUUAGCAUUUACUGUGGUACAAAUUCUUUAUAACUGACUUAGUCAUUUGCCACUUAGCAGUUUAUAUACUGAAAUGAAAACAUCCUGUGGGGAAAAGUGACUUUAGAUUAUGAACUCAAUUCAAAUGAACUCUAUUUAAAAUGGGGUCCUGUUUUGGACAAAGGAAAUUAAGAAUGUAAAAGUCAGAACAGUCUUGUUUGAGGUAAAAAGUGUGCUUUGGCUUAAAAGAGCUACAGUAUAUUAAUUACAUCUUUUAUUAUUAUUGCUUAUUAGAAUCAUUUCUGGCUUUCUCAAAACAAAAUAAUAUUAAUGAGUACUUCUGUUUGCUGCAUUUUUCUUAUUACAGCCUUUGAGACAGCUGGUAAUUAUGUCAUUUUGCAUUUUUUAAAACAUAAUUUUAUAAAGAAUUCUCUUAUCUUGAUUAUGUAGAAUACCACCUACUGGAUAGAACAAUUUUUGUACUCACAAACACUGCCAUUUUCUUAGAGAUGGCUUGAGAGGAGUAACACUAUGUUUUAAAGCUUGCAGUAAAAAUGCCAAACACUGUAGUACCUUGGAACCCAGUUUAUUCUUGUGCUAAGCAGAACUGUAAAAUAGUUAAAAUGUCUUAUCAAGUAAUUUGCCGAUUACAUAGACACCAUUUGUUAUUUCAUUCUUUGUUUUAACUCGUGGUAGUUAUACUUCAUACUUUCUGAUCAAACGGGUUCAAAGUAAAACGUUAAAUUUCACAUUUCUUUUAAAGAACUCUUUAAAGUGUGACAGUUACGUCAUACUUCAUAAGUGGUAAAGGAAGGUAUAAAAUUUGGAAACAUUUUGUUGGGCAUAGUAAUGAUUGGGUGAAAAGGAUAAAUUAUAUCAAAAUGAGAAUGUGCUCAUUGGAAGUAAGGAGCUAAAGGAUGUUUCUUUCAGUUUAGUAUAACUGGAACGUUUUACUAUUAAACACGGCUUUUAUAAAUGCAUGGUCCAGUAAUUUUAUUCACUUAGUAUUUAAUUCACUGUCAGCUUAUUAAUGUUUUCUGUACCCCGAUAAUGAAUUUUAAAUUACAAAAAAUUGUCCAGCAGCUACAGUUUAAAAAUGAAACUAGACAUUAAAAUAAAUUUGGUAAUUUUUUAUAAAGA